UUUAUCCCGGAAUCAGUCGCUGACGUGUUGGUCAGCUGCAUAGCUAUAGACUCAAUAGCACACAAAAAUCCUCCGCUAACGGUGAAUCGUUUUGCUUAUAAAGGUGGGAGCGCGAAGGGAAUUUGUGUCACCCUCGACCCAGCGUGCUUUUGUCUGAUCGUCUUCUACAGCUUCGAACUAUCCGAAUACUUUUUUUAGGCCAUCAUGGAUUCUACGCUCUACGAGACCACAGACGACAAUUCACUCGAGCUCAUGAAGCUUCACACUCAACAAAUUAUCCGAAAUUUUCAACAGCGCUUCGAAUUACCAGUGAUAACUGAUCCUACUAGGGAUGAGAUCGAUAUCCCUUUCCCAAAGGUCGAUCGAGUCGCUAUAGUCGGAGCUGGUGUAGCGGGACUCCUAUUGGCGUUGAGACUCGGUAAAGAUACCCCAGUCGACGUAUACGAAGCUUCCAAUCGUGUCGGUGGCCGUCUCUACACUCAUCGAUUUCCGGGAGGCGGGGAGUGGGAUUACUUCGACGUUGGUGCUAUGCGAUUCCCCGACACUGCAGUGAUGAAGCCGACAUACGAUCUUUUCGAAGAGCUUGGGAUUCCGCUUCUCAACUAUGAGAUAAGCUGUGACAAGACAUGGUUAUGUUACAACAACAUUCGGGUUCAACGUGGUGACGCAUCUGGACAAGAAUUUGGCGCACGUGUGAGCAAGGGAGGGAAUGUUCCGGACAAGUGGGUGGACAAAGGUGUAGAUGCGCUGAUGAAGAAUGUGUACGGGAGAUUCCUCGCCAAGCUCAGGGCAGAUUUCGAAGAUGGCUAUGAGGAGUUGAUGAGGUACGACGAAUACUCGACUCGAAGCUUCAUGGCAUUCGUAGAACUGGAGUCAUGGAAGGAUCCCAACCCUCCAGGCGACGAGUAUCCUGCAAAGGAGCGCUAUCCUACUUCUGUCGUCAAUUGGCUUGAGACUAUGACCUCCUCCGUAGGAUCGUUUGAUAUGUCGUUGAGCGAGACUAUUUUGCACUACUAUUGCUUUGCAGAAGGACUACCAGACACAAAAUGGCGUUGUGUCCUCCAUGGUUCUGAGAGGAUAACAGAUAAGCUGUACCAGAUCUUGACGAAGACCCAGCCUUUCAAGAAAAAUGUCCAGUUUCAUCUUCGUAGUAGGGUUACCGGCGUAAAUUAUCAUCGACGUUUUGGCAUUCCGCAACGCCCAGGUUAUCUUCCUCGUGACCCAGACCAGCCUUCUCGUCAUCCGGAAAAUCUUCCUUCUCGUCCGGAAGAUUCCCCUCGUCAUCGGGAAGAUCCUUAUCGUGGUACCCCAAUACCCAGUGUGAUGACUAUCACUUCCGAUGGCAGCAGUGACACUCGCCCUAUUCUGUUUUCACAGGUUGUCUUGACUGUGUCUCCUCAGUGUAUGAGAUACAUGGAUCUUUCAACAUGCAUGCUCGACUACAGUCAGCGCAGCUCCCUGCUUAUGCUUACUCCUGGCCCUUCGGUCAAAGUCGGCAUGAAGUUCGAUCGCAAUUGGUGGGCUGAUCAGAAUAUCACUGGAGGGCAGAGCGCGACCGACCGACCCGUACGUACGACUGUUUAUCCGUCGCAUGGAGAUGGUCAAUCCACGGUACUUAUCGCGAGCUAUAAUUGGACUCAAGACGCGAGCAACAUGGGGGCUUGGAUACACGGCCCCGGAUCUGUCGAGGCGAACCAGUUGAAGGAUAAAAUCCUAGCUGACCUUGCUUUCGUCCACGGUAUUGACCUAGAGGACCUCAAUGAUUGGUACCAAGAAAUGUAUGCUUUCGACUGGUCGAAUGAUUCCAAGUUUAUGAGUGCAUUUGCUGCCUUCAAUCCUGGCCAGUUCGGUUUCUUGCUGGAAAGCCUUACGAGGCCGGCAGCACGUGGUCGCCUUCAUUUUGCUGGUGAUGCUAUUAGCGCCAGUCAUGGCUGGGUUGCUGGUGCAAUAGAAAGUGCAAACAGGGUUGUAAACCAGAUGAACCCGCCGAAGUUUAAACUGCCAGGGGGUCCGUUGGAGACGACGUUUGAUCCGGAUGUGCAGUUGCUGCAAUUGGCAGUCAGUGCUUACCUACAGAACAAAGAGUUUGGUCUGUAAUCGAACCCGGAAAUGUUUUUGUACAUUUUUUCUGUCACGGUAACAGUGUGUUUGGGCUCUCAUUAAAGAAAAGCCGGUUUUACGGCCCGGCCCACGCCCAACCUAGCCG